UACUGCGAAAAAAUUUUGGAACCUGCAUUUAAAUCAAAAUGAAGAAAAAGAGACUGAGGAGGAGCUGAAGAUAAAAAAAAACGAUUUUGUGAACACAGGCAUAAAUCAUGCGAGAGAAUUACGAAGUUGUAUCUCUAACAUAUAUCAUGAAUAUAAUUCCGGGGACAGAACAAUCGAUAAUUUAAUAAGAUAUAUGGACAUUAUUGGUCGAAAUACACAUGUGAAAAAGAUGCUUGAUUCGAUCACUAAUCUUGAAAAUUUCAUAACAUAUUCUUUCUUCAUUGAUGAGAUUAAAUACUUGUGUGCACCUCCACUAACAAUUGGUUCUGAUUUAACCGAAAGAUAUUGCAUUACACACAUAUUAUACUAUAUUAGACAAGAGAGAGCAAGAAAAGGAAUAUUUUGCCGAAAUCAGAUUUUAUUAGAGUGGCGAGCUACUAUGGCGGCACAAUAUCUUCAACCAGAAAAAGAUGUCUCUUAUUCGCGUAUAAAAGAAUCAUUAGAUAGUAUCACAGCAGAGGUACUGAAUUAUUUAAGAGAUUUUUAUCCUGAUCAUGCGAUAUUUUCGACGUCCAAUGAAAUUUUAUCCUCUUGGAGAGAAAACCAUGUCGACGAUAAUUACUGGAACGAAUUAGAGGCAAAUCAGAUUAGGAGUAUACUAAACGAAUUUAUGUUUGAUGUAUUAAACUUUCGCCUGUGCAACCCAUAUAAUACAGAUUUCGAAAAUAUGUGUAUAGAUUAUGUCUUAAAAUAUAGAUAUGGUCAACAAAUAAUCUUAUUAAUAAUAUAUCAGAGCUUGGCCAGAAGACUUGGUCUACGUUGUGAUGUAGUAGUUCUACACGAUAGUACACAAUCCUGCUACUGUAUGUUUUGGAAACCAACAUAUGCCGUCAAUAAUUUACAAAAUGCAACAUGUUUCAAGAUAGGAUUUAAUAAAUUCCCGGACUGUUUUGUCGAUCAAACGUCGUUGUUCAUUCAAACUUAUCCAUCUUUUGAAUAUGUCACAUCAAUGAUCAGAAAUGUGGAGACAGGGAUAUUUAAUGCAUUAGUACAGGAUACAUCUAGUAUCUUAUAUUGCAGUGAAAUGAUUACAUUAGUUAAUAGAUGGAGUAUUCCCGGGAUACAUGACUAUUUCAGUGUUCAGUUUGAAUGUAAAGAAAGUAAUCAGUUAAACACAAGAGUGGGUUUAAUAAAAUUUGCAAUAGGAAUGAUAGUUGCACAUGAUGACUGUAUAGGCGUAAUAGUGGGAUGGUACAAACAGUACGGUCUUGUACGCUGCAAGAGAUAUUCCACACAUGGAAUUCAGACAGAAAUGUGUAAUACAGCUUGUCGUUUAUACGAAUUGCCAUUGAAACAUUAUCGUAAUAUCAAAUUUGAGAAGCAGCAAACAAAUUAUAUAAUUCUUACUGAAAUUAAUAAAAUGUGUCACGUGGAAGAAGAUGCUAUAAUUUCAACCACUCCAAGAUUGAUCAACAAUUCCGAAAUAGGACGUUAUUUUCGUAAAUUUGAGGGCAUGCAUUAUGUACCAAAUCAAAUGCUAGAAGAAUGUUAUCCGCACGACGCCGCUGUAACCAACUGUAACAGCUAUCUGUCUCUAGCUAUUAAGAGACCGAAGAUUGAAGUGCAAUUUUAAGAAGAAAAUGGAGAAUAUUCCUCCAUCUUAAGAUAAAGAUGUCUCUCUGUUGAUGUCAAAUUAAUUA